UUCAGUGUUGCUUACUUGCCGCUGAAAAACAAGAAAUUUACAAGUCAUCGACAGAGUGUUUGCCCAAAAAGAUCGGCAAUAAUAGCAUUUUAACAAAGAAUUACAUUCAGCAACGGCUAAUCAACAAUCGUAUUAGACAUGGCUCAGACUCUGGAGGAUAAGUCAAUCUGGGAGGACGGGGAGGAGUCCCUGGGCGAGGAGGUGAUGCGUAUGUCCACCGAUGAAAUUGUGAGCAGGACUCGCCUGAUGGACAACGAGAUCAAGAUCAUGAAGAGCGAAGUGAUACGCAUAACGCACGAGAUUCAGGCGCAAAAUGAGAAGAUCAAGGACAACACCGAAAAGAUCAAGGUCAACAAGACACUGCCCUACCUGGUGUCCAAUGUAAUAGAGCUGCUGGAUGUGGAUCCACAGGAGGAGGAGGACGACGGCUCCGUCACCGUUCUGGACAACCAGCGAAAGGGCAAGUGCGCCGUCAUCAAAACAUCCACUCGACAGGCGUAUUUCCUGCCCGUCAUCGGCCUGGUUGAUGCCGAGAAACUGAAGCCAGGUGAUCUGGUCGGAGUCAACAAAGACUCCUAUUUGAUCCUGGAAACCCUGCCGGCAGAGUAUGAUGCCCGCGUAAAAGCCAUGGAAGUGGACGAGCGACCUACAGAGCAGUACUCCGACAUUGGAGGUUUGGACAAGCAGAUACAGGAGCUCAUCGAGGCAGUGGUGCUGCCCAUGACGCACAAGGAGAAGUUCAAAAACCUUGGCAUUCACCCACCCAAAGGUGUCCUUUUGUACGGCCCCCCUGGAACUGGCAAAACAUUGCUGGCCCGUGCCUGCGCCGCUCAGACAAAGUCCACCUUCCUCAAGCUGGCAGGUCCCCAGUUGGUGCAAAUGUUCAUCGGUGAUGGUGCCAAGCUGGUGCGCGAUGCCUUCGCCUUGGCCAAGGAGAAGGCGCCUGCCAUUAUCUUCAUUGACGAGUUGGACGCCAUUGGCACCAAGCGUUUCGAUUCGGAGAAGGCCGGUGACCGUGAGGUCCAGCGAACUAUGUUGGAGCUUCUUAAUCAGCUCGAUGGCUUCAGUUCCACUGCAGAUAUUAAGGUGAUUGCGGCCACCAAUCGCGUAGACAUUCUGGAUCCUGCUCUGCUGCGCUCUGGUCGUCUGGAUCGUAAGAUCGAGUUCCCACAUCCCAACGAGGAAGCCCGUGCCCGUAUUAUGCAGAUUCACUCGCGUAAAAUGAACGUUAGCAAUGAUGUGAAUUUCGAGGAAUUGUCCCGAUCCACGGAUGACUUCAACGGCGCCCAGUGCAAAGCCGUCUGUGUGGAAGCUGGUAUGAUCGCACUGCGUCGCUCCGCCAAUUCGGUUACGCACGAAGACUUCAUGGACGCCAUCAUGGAAGUGCAGGCGAAGAAGAAGGCUAAUCUUAACUACUACGCUUAGACUAAAAAUUUGCAGUUUAACUUCACAUUGUCAGCUCCCAUUAAAAUAAACCAUGGAAAUGUAAAAUUUUUCAGUUUCGAUCUGAGUUGCCCCUUGAAGAUCGCCUUUAAAAUAACAUCGCAACGGCUCUUAAAAGUAACUAGAAUGGGAGACGUACUGAAAUCAAUACCCAACCUUUUUAAAAUAAACAAAAAUAUAUAUC